AAGUCCAUAAAAACACGCCCCGGCCCUCGGCGCCGCAUCACUCUCUCCCCAGUCCCCUACCCGUCGCCAGCCAAAACCCUCGCCGGAGUAGACCAGCCACAGCACUCCUCCCGAGUCUCGUCUCCCCCGGCCGGUUACCGCAGCCGCCGUCGCCAUGACCGUCGAGGUUUGCGUCAAGGCCGCCGUCGGCCACCCCGACACGCUCGGCGACUGUCCCUUCUCCCAGAGGGUGCUGCUCACGCUGGAGGAGAAGAAGGUGCCCUACGAGAUGAAGCUCAUCGACGUCAGCAACAAGCCCGAGUGGUUCCUGAAGAUCAACCCAGAGGGGAAGGUGCCUGUGUUCAACAGUGGUGAUGGCAAAUGGAUUGCUGAUUCUGAUGUGAUAACUCAAAUCAUUGAAGAGAAGUACCCAACUCCAUCACUUGUCACCCCUCCUGAGUAUUCAUCAGUGGGAUCAAAGAUCUUCUCAACCUUCAUCGCGUUCCUGAAGAGCAAGGAUGCUAGUGAUGGUACAGAGAAGGCACUUCUCGAUGAGCUGCAGGCACUCGAGGAGCACCUAAAAGCUCAUGGCCCCUACAUCAACGGGGAGAACGUAUCAGCUGCUGAUCUCAGCCUCGGGCCAAAGCUCUUCCAUCUCCAGGUCUCCCUGGAGCAUUUCAAAGGCUGGAAGAUCCCAGAAACCCUGACCGGCGUCCAUGCCUACACCGAGGCUCUCUUCAGCCGUGAAUCGUUCGCCAAGACCAAGCCGGCCAAGGAGCACCUGAUCGCCGGAUGGGCGCCCAAGGUGAACCCUUAGGCUCCCUACCACCCGACCUCGCACUCUGGUGAUCAUACGCCCUUGUCAGUAGUGAUGGGUAGGCUUCCUAGGCAGCUCGAUUGCGUGGAUCUGGGCUGUAAUAAUGUGAACCUUGCCGUGUGGUUGUUGCAACCUUGCAUGCACUUCCUGUGUCCAGAAGUCCAUAUGUUCCCAGCGCUUCCGGGCGUUAUGUUCUGGUGCAAGUGUGCAUUGUACUGUCUGUCAUGUGAACCUUUUAAUGUCGGUAAGUAAUAAUGGAGCCGCCGCGGAGUGCAGAUUGCAGCUGUGAA